AUGGAGAACCUCGACAAGCUGUCUGCGACGGGCUUACCAAUAUUUGAUCUCAACGAGGAGAAUCUGCAACACAAGGACUGGACUAAAACACCCAUAGGCGCACGCGAGUCGUGGCCCGUUGCAUUAAAAUGUAUCGUCAACACAUGCGUUCUGCCUAUGCCCCACUGCACUGCCGUCUUUUGGGGCCAGGACAUGAUAGUCAUCCACAACCUGGCCUGGGAGAAAGCAAGGGGUGGUCUUGACGGCCAGGCUACGAGCGCGCGCGAUAGCUACAGUCAUGAAGCACUCGGCACGAUACGGACGGUGCUGAGAGGACGAACGGUCAAGGUAGCCGCCAGGUAUUUUCUCAAAAGUUUCGCGGAGGAAAAGGAUAUGCAGCUUCUCCUCAGUACAAUCCUAGAUGAAAGCGGUACGCGACAGGGCGUACUGGCCCAACUCCUCGAAAACCAGAACGUGGACCGCUACAUGCCCAUCGAGGGCAUAGAUGAACUUUCGCGCCAGAAGCCAGGGAGACAAGUCAAGAACAAGGAAUCUCAGCAGAAGAGCAAGCACAAGAAUACGGAGCAGGCCGAUGCCAUGCAAACCAACAUGUUCCAGCGCUUCGCCGAGCUGCUGCCCAACGGCUUGGCCAUUCUUGACAAGGAUGCCGAAGCCAUCUUCGUGAACGAUGGCUUCUUCAAGCUGACGACCAACAAGGGCAACAACGAGUUUCGCUCGUGGCCGGAGAGCAUACAUCCUGACGACUACGAAGACGUCAUGGCCGCCUAUCGCAAGGCAUUCGAAAGCCGCACCGAGCUGCAGAUAGAGUUUCGAUGCGACGUUGCAGCGCCAGAGGAAAUGAAGUCCAAGGGAGAGCAGUGGCGGCUAUUCUUACUGAAACCUUUGAGUGAGGAAGCUGAUGCCGGUUUCAUUAGCGCCGUCAUCGACAUCACGGACAUUAAACAGGCCCAACUGACCCAAGAGAAGGCUGCCAACGAGGCCAAAGAGCGCAAGGAACAGCAAGAGAGAUUCAUCGACAUGGUUUCGCACGAGAUUCGAAAUCCCCUUUCCGCUGUCUUGCACUUGGCCGAGGAAGUGAGAGAGAUUACAAGAGAGAUUGGAGCCGAGCAUGAAGACGUUCGCGACCAGGUAGCCGACAUCUUGGAUGCUGCCGACACUAUACUUCUCUGCGUCUCACACCAGAAUACCCUUGUAGACGACAUUCUAUCUUUUUCCAAGCUCGACUCUAUGAUGUUAUCUUUGGUACCCCGACCAACAAGACCUAAGUGGGAGUUUUCCCAAGCGCUUCGAGUUUUUCAUUCCGAGUUCAAGGCCAAAAACAUCAAAUUCCACUACGCUAUGGAUAUUUCUUUCGAGGAACUGAACGUAGAUAAUGUUGUCGCCGAUCUUAAUCGCAUGAAGCAAGUCUUGGUCAAUUUGAUAACCAACGCCAUUAAGUUUACCUCUAAGAAGAAUGGCGACCGAAACAUCACUGUAUCUAUGGGCGCAUCCGUCGAGCGGCCUACCUCUUACCCCCCCAAUGUUAUCUAUUUUAGUGAGGAGAAGGAAGCGUUUCAUCUCGAUUCAACCAUGACAUCAGAAUGGGGUGCUGGGGCCGCCAUGUACUUGAUGGUAGCUGUUAAAGACACUGGAAUAGGUAUCAGUAAAGAAGGCCAAGCCAAGUUGUUCGAGCGUUUUAGACAAGCAACACCGAAAACGCAGGAAAAAUACGGCGGCUCAGGUCUCGGUCUGUUCAUAUCCCGCAAAUUGUGCACAUUACACGGUGGAGACAUUGGCGUCAGCUCGAAAGAGGGAGAAGGUUCGACAUUUGGUUUCUUCUUCAAAGUACGUCGCGCGGUUGGCGAAAAUGACGAGGGAAGGCCAUGGAUACAAUCACGAAGCAACUCGGAAACCUCCAACUCUUCCGCCCGCCCAGGCGAAUCUGGGUCGCGACCAUCUCGUCCAGGCAUGAGUCGUGCGAAUUCGAAUCUCUCGAGCAUCAAAGAACGGAAGAACGAGCGCCCUGAAGCGAAAUCACUGGCCAGUCAUAGUGGUGUUGAUACCGAAGAGAUUGAGCCCUCACUGAAAGACCCGCCAGUAGAAAAACGGCCAGAGGCGCAUCCGGAGUCGAACGAAGAUGCGCGUUAUAGAGAGACCGAGAAAGCCACUGAGGAUAUCAAGACAAUCAAACCAAACAUGGAGAGAAAAUUGCCCGAUCUGAAGAAAGGCGAAACGUCACGACAGGAAGAGGACGCUUUGGAAGUCACGAGAUCUCAGAGCGAUCAACGCUCUGAAGAUACACAUACCCUCCUUCUUGUUGAAGACAAUUUGAUCAAUCAGAAGGUUCUCCGGCGGCAGCUUCAAUCCCGUGGCUUCCAAGUCUUCACCGCGAACAACGGUCAGGAAGCAAUCGACGCGGUAGCCGAGCGUGGACAAAGGGCAGAUAACGGCCCCGACGACCGGAACUAUUUCGACUGCAUACUCAUGGAUCAAGAAAUGCCUAUAAAAGACGGUAAUGCCGCGACACAAGAGAUCAGACAACUACAAAAUGAGGGCAAGGCUGGAUAUAGUCAUAUUCUGGGUGUCUCUGCAAACGUUCGAGAAGCGCAGACAAACAGUAUGCGUGAAGCUGGCAUGGACGACGUCAUAUCUAAGCCGUUCAAGGUAGACGACCUAGUCAAGAAAGUCCGGAACUUGGUCCUGAACGGUGGCGGCGGCUCAAAGCAUGAUAACAGGCCGAACGGUGUCUCAAAUACAGAAAAGGACAGCAAGAGCGACGAUCAGAAGGAGAAAGGCGGCGGUCUCCAUCCACGAGAUGCGAAAAGACGGGAUGACAACAUACAUUCAGAUAAUGAACGGGAAAAUCGAGAUCGAGGGGGCGAAAGGUCAAGAUCCCGGGCUACGAUAAGAAUAGGGCCCGCAUCACACCAAAAUGAGUCCCUAACGCAUCAAAAUACAUCGUGA